AUGAGACGAUCGUCAGGAACAAAUAUGGCCAAAGCUCAUCCCAAUGUUCAUGAUGAAUAUCACAAGAAUUUUUUCACAACAUCCACACAGCAAACAUCUUUACUCGACUCGAACUUGUCAUCCCACGUGAUACUCAAUACCAUCUUGUAUCCCAAACAUGAUUGUUUGAGACACGCUCCUAUCAAUCAACCCUACUAUCCCUUCAUGUUCACCAUUGAUACUGAUUAUUAUGAUUUUUGUAAUUUGAAAGACAAAACUUCAUUGCCAACAGAGUUUUAUGAGAGUCGAAUUGUUCCCGAAUCACCCAAUGAAGACUUUUCUUGUGUCAAUUAUUUGUGUCGUAGGGAGAAUGUUUGGAAUUUGAGAAAUACGACUCAACGAAUGAAUUUGGGAAUUAUUUUCAAUUACUGCUUACGAUGUAAUCAGACUUCUUCCGAAUUAUUUCGCCAAGCAUUGAUGAACAAUUCGUGUCCUGCCUUUGUAUUGGGCGCUUCAGAAAAUGCAACCACUACGACGACUAUUCCCAGUGAUCAAUUCAUUGCCAAAUUCAAUCAAGUGUCUAAUGUUCAUUGUAACGGUGUUGCUUCCUCUGCAGAAGGAUCAUCCAAUAAUUUGGCUCUCUUGGAUUACAACUUUUUCAUGUCCGAAUAUUUCAUGAAUCGAUUUGCUAGAUACAUGGAACGAGUCACUGGUGCACCACAACCAAAUCCUCAACUCACUGUAUCAUCAGUUUCUCUCAAUCCCAUUCUUACCUUCUACUUUAGAGAAUAUUUUAAUAGUGAUGUGACAAGCUUGAGUGCACCACUCACGGUACCAUUCAUAUGUUGGUGUAAUUACCAAUCCGAAAGGGAUAAGAGUUUUGGCUUUCAAUGCAAUGAUUUCUUUCAAAAUUGGCAAAUCAAUUUCACCUACAGAUAUUCGGUGUGGAUCUUUGCCUUAAUAUUUGCCUCGAUUUUUGUGGCUCAGCUCGUUCUCGUGUUAGUACCUCGAUUUGGAGAGAGAAUUCUCACAUUUAAGGAACGAUUACGAACUCAAGGCCUCGGCAUUUCCGUUCCACAAAAAAUUGCCAUGUUUUUCAAACACUUUUUUGAUAUUGUCAGUCAACCACCUCCUUUCUUUACCAUUGCUUCCUUACUUGCAUUUAUGGAGAAUUUUAUGAGAAUAUUAUUUAACUUUAAGGCGUCUAAUCCAUUCUUUAAAAAUUAUUUUUCUGGAGUGUUUAGAGGAUUGGCUUGUGGAUUUAUCAUUUGUGGAUAUUCAAGUUUAAUUAUUAGUUGGAGUCAUGUGAUUGAUCUAUCAAAUAGAAAGACCACAGACUCCAAGCAAGGAAAUGGACUGAGUAAGCUCAAUAUUGCAAUUCUCUCUCUGUUCUAUAUUGCCAUGGUCAUUAUUGUCAUUGUCUCACUCAUUGUGUUUGGAGCAACCAAAAAGGAAUCCUACGCUUGGAUAUUAUUGAGUCUCUGUAUUGUCAUUUAUUUGUUUACCUUUGUUUUAGGGUUUGCUUUUUAUGGAUUUCGAAUUUUGUACAAACUUCGAAAAACAGUAGGAGACUCGAAGAAUUUGAUGGAAUAUCGUUUCACAAAAUUUAUGCUUGCAGAAACUGGUGUAUUUUUGGCAGGUUGUGCCAUUUCAGCACUCAUGUUCGUCAGUUAUGUCUUUGGAUUUGAUAUCAUGAAUUUAUUUUGGGGAAUGGCUAGAAACACUUUCAUGGAUUCUGCACUGACAGCUGUCAUUUCUCUCUCGUCUUACAUUACCUUCAACGAGACAGCCAUUGAAAUGGUGUAUGGUAAAAGAAUUUUAGAAAUUCUGACCUGUGCUCGUUGCUGGAAACGAAACAAGUUGAACCAUAUCGCCAAUUCUUCAGUAACCACUACCAAUGAAUAA